CUGGGGGGGAAGGUUUUUAGCUAUUUCGCCCAUGGGUUGAGAGGGGCAGCCUUCAGUCUAACAUGAGACAGCAGAGGGUGAGCACCCUAGUUUUCACACACUAAAGGUGCUGAAGAGAGUGAGCACAUAACUCAGCCCCACAGCAGUGGAGUGGAGAGAGGAGUGGCAGCGCAGCACAGCAACAUGUUUAAAACCAGCUACUUACGUGAGGUGCGUAAGGAAAAGUAUGAGCGCUCGGAUGUUUUCGAAGAAGCGAGCAGCCCGGAGGCUAGCUCUCCUUCCUCAGGUCCCACCGCUGCACAAGGUUGGGAGAGCUUGCAAGAGCUGAACAGCCGCUUCGCCCGUUACAUCAACCGGGCGCGUGUGCUGGAGCAACGCAAUGCCAUCUUCCGCAAGCAGCUGGAGACGCUGCAGAGGAUGGAGGAGGCGUCGGGACUGGAGGAGGCCUUUGGUGAGCAGAUUAAUCUGAAUCGGCAGCGCAUCCGAGAGCUCUACUCUGACCGUGCCAAACUCGAAAGAGAGCUGAAGGAUGCGGAACGUAUGCUAGAUGAGUUCACCAACAGGUAUAGAAAUGAAUGUGACUAUCAAGAACAGCUGCGAGGUACACUGGAACAACUUAAUAAGGAAGCUGAUAAUGCUCUACUCAGAAACCUUGAAUACCAGAUCCAGUCUCAGUUCCUCCAAGAUGACAUCAACUCUACCAAAGACAGACAUAAAAAGAAUCUGGCAGAAAUCCAAACUUACGUGAACAUUCUGCAACAAAUCAACCAGACAACUCCUCUUUUGCCUAACAUGUCGGUUGGGAUAUCAGAGGAACAGGAAAAGCUUCUUGCCCAGCGACGUGUUCCAGCACUGCAGAGUCAGCUGGAGGAGUGCAAGAGCGCCCUCUGCCAGCUACAAGCACAAAAGCAAAGACUACAGACAGAGACUUCUGUGUUGGAGCAAGCCAUAAAAAGUACACAGGAAAGCUAUGAUGAUGAGAUCCAGCUGUACAAUGAGCAGAUUGAGUCCUUAAGGAAGGAGAUUGAGGAGGCCGAACGCACACUGGAAAAGUACACCAAUGAGUGCCGGCACCUGGCAAUGUACCAGAGCUCCCUUGAGAAUGAACUGGAGAGAUACAAACGGAUCAUUGAAAACGAGGACAACAGGUUAAAUUCAGCGAUAAUUGGAACUCCAAUUACGUUGUUCACAACUAAUUUCAGAUACAUUCACAACCCCACGGUGCCCAGGGGAGGGAAAGACAUCACUCAGGCCAUGCAGGAUAUUACCAGUGUGAAAUCCCGUCAGAAAAAUCUGGCAAAGAAGGUGAACAAAAAGAGAGAAAUCACCCCAAGAGAUGUGAUGGAUAGUGGUCUUGAGGAAAGGGUGUCUGGUGUGGAUCAUCUGGAAGAUGAAAAGAAAGGCAUGGAGGUGGAGGAAGGUGAGGUGAAGCGUGAGGACAUCGCCCUUCACACUGGUGUUGCACGUGAAGAUGUUCCAGAUGGUGCUCAGAUCAGUAAGGCAUUUGACACACUUUGUAACAUUGUUCGAGACCGCAUGAGGAAAUACAAAAAGCCAGAGCCCAUAGCUGAUUUCUACACAAAAGGCCGUUAUGUUCUUGUCACGGGUGAUUCGAGCUACCUUGAUCCCUGCUUCUACACAUCUUCUCCUUCUGGUGGUCAUGUCUUUGUGACCAUUUGGGAUGGAAUGAUGCCCCCUUAUGAUCCCUAUGCCACACCCUCAAAACCAUCUCCCACCCCCAGUCCUACACCUAGGCCUCUCUCUCCCUCUUCCCCCUCAGAAGAUGGAGACUCACAGGGCCAUAAAGGAAAGGGAGAGAAAGGAGGGGAUAACAAAGGGAAAGGGAAAGAGGGAGGAAAUGGUGGUAAAGGCAAUCAUAAAUCAAAGAAUGGCGAUCACAACCCAAAAGCCAAGGACCCUGGACCCACAUCUCCAAACACAAACCAUGGACCCACCCCUGCUCCUACAACACCGAAAAAUCACAAUGCAGGACAGCCAGGGCCCCGUAACGGUAAAAAUACCGAUGACAACAGUUCCCGAAGGGGGCUGCCACCCAUGCCUUUCCCAAGAACCAACAUACCACCUGAUUCAAUGAGUUAUGAGAAGGUGGAGGUGGUGGAGUCGGUAGAGAAAUUGUCACCUGACAACAAAGUGAAAGGCUAUGAAGAAACCGCCAUGGUUGUAGAAACCAUGAUUGAAAAGACCAGCAAAAAGAAACAUGGUGAUCGAACCUGAGAUGAUGAAACAUAACAGUCUAAAACUAAACAUCCUAACAAACAUUGCCACAUUCCAGCAUUCCUGCCUCAUGACUGCAAGUUUCUAGAUGAUUCUUAAUCAUGCUCUUGCUGGGUCGGACUGUGCUAUUUACCUCUCUCUGCCAGUUACUCUGGCCUUUACUGUCUGAAAACUUGGGGAUCAUUUUUUCAAGGCCAUGACCACCCCCUUAAUACAAAUAAGAAUGACUUGAAUCUUCCUUAGCAUAGAUGAAAUAGAUGAAUCUGAAUGUUCCCAAUUUAUAAUUUGAAUAAUGCUGCUGCCCUCAUACAAUACAAGUUCAGUCUGAAAAGUCUGGUGCACAAAAUACCUGAUUUGAAAUGCCAGCAGAGCUCUGCUGUGUAUUGUUUUCAAAAUAAAAUCCCAAACCUCGCAA